AUGGAAACCCUCAAUAUACAAUUUGGUUCAAAUGAUCGAGAACGAGAUGCUGCUAUGGUCUUAGACAAAAUCUCUCGUAUGGCCGACACUGAACCAUUUGAAAGCGAACUACUCGAUGCGAUGAAAAAAUUAUGGAAUGAUGUUGGCGUUCAACAAUGUUUUGCUCGUUCUAAUGAAUAUCAAUUGAAUGACUCAGCGAAAUACUUUCUCGAUAAAUUGGACGAAAUUGGUUCACCGCAAUAUUUACCAAGUAUUCAAGAUAUUUUACGUACUCGAGUUAAAACAACUGGUAUUGUCGAGAUCAACUUUACAUUCAAAGAUUUAAAUUUUCGAGUAUUUGAUGUGGGUGGCCAACGAUCCGAACGAAAGAAAUGGAUUCAUUGUUUUGAAGAUGUAACUGCGAUUAUUUUUAUCGUUGCUUUGAGUGAAUAUGAUCAAGUUCUUGUCGAAGAUGAAACAACCAAUCGUAUGCAUGAAUCACUUCGUUUAUUUGAUUCAAUUUGUAACAAUAAGUGGUUUGUUAAUACAUCGAUCAUUCUCUUCUUAAACAAAAAGGAUUUAUUUGCUGAGAAAAUCACACGAUCAAGUUUAAGAAAAUGUUUUCCAGAAUAUCAAGGUAAAGAUGAAUAUACCGAGGCAAGCGAAUACAUUCAAGCUCAAUUCGUGGCACAAAACAAAAGCGAGCAAAAAGAAAUCUAUUGUCAUUUAACGUGCGCUACAGACACCCAAAAUGUUCAAUUUGUAUUUGAUGCUGUUACUGACGUCAUCAUAACAAACAAUCUCCGUGCCAGUGGUCUCUACUAG